AUGGACGACUAUCAAAUUAUAAAUCCUUUCCCACCGGUCGCGCACGAUCGCUCGAAUGCCACUCAACCAGAUCCAAACACUUUCGCCGUUGUCUCUACCCUUUACUCGAACAACUACGCGAUAUCUACGGCCGUCCUUGCCCACUCCAUCCGCAGAGUAAAUUCGACCGCGCGCCUGAUCCUCCUAUACAUCGACGGGCAAGUGUCUGAUGAGGCCCUCUGCAUAAGCAGAGCCGCAGGAUGGGAGUUGCUUGCCGUGCCUCGAAUCGCUCCUCCCAAAGGCGGCAAAGGAGUAUAUUAUCGAUUCCUCGAUCAAUAUACGAAACUCAACAUAUGGGGCCUGGAUAAACACGGCAUCGACCGCCUGGUUUAUCUAGACGCAGAUACGCUCGUCCGCCGAAACUUCGAUGAAUUGUUCGAUCUCCCGUUCAAUUUUGCUGCCGUGCCAGAUGUGUACGGGCCGGACAGCGUGCGAGGGUUCAGCCUUACGUUCAACGCGGGGGUCAUGGCGAUACGAACGUCGUCUGCCGUCCUGGAGCAUAUGAAGAAGAAGAUCGGGACGGCGAGGUAUCCAACAGGACAAGCGGAACAGGCUUUCCUGAACUUGUAUUUCGGAACCAAGGCCGCACGCCUCCCCUAUAUUUACAACGCCCUCCUGUCAAUCAAGAAGCGAAGCCCCGUCGUGUGGGAAGAGUUGCAGAGCGAUUUGUCUGUCGUCCAUUAUACCGAUUGGAAGCCAUUUUUGCUGGAGUCUCAGCCGAGGGAAAAGAUCCUGGCGCCCGAAGAAACCGAGACAGCGAUGGAUAUCGCUCAACGAGAUCACGAGCAAUGGGCCGAGGAAUUUGGGUGGUGGCGUGCUGCAUAUCAUGGUCUGAUAAAAGAGCGCGGGAUAGAUUUGAGCAAGUGCGUUCUAUAA